UGUCAACACAGCGACAGCGGGCCGUGAGAUCAGCCCAGCGGCGCGGUGACGUUCAGAAACGGGGGCAGAAGAUAAAGCGAGCCGGGGGAGGCGGAGAGACGCAGAGUUGCAGGAGCGGGGAUACCGAUCAGCAGCAGCCGGAGAAUUUCUAUUGAUUUACCCGGACCGGAGCUGGAAGUCGGUGCGGAAUAAAGGGCAAAGAAAAAAAGCUGCGGAUCAGAUUUUCUUCAGAUUCGUCCUGACUUCCGCGAUUUGACAAGAUGAGACUUCAGGUGAGGUUUAUCACCGGCGAUGGUUUCGAACUUGAUGUCGACCCUUCCAUUCAAGUGUCGACACUCAAGAUGAAAAUCCAGGAAAAGACCAACGUGCCCAUUUCCCAACAGCGUCUGAUGAUGCAAAAUGGCCAAAGCGUGGAGAUGCAGGACCAGAGAAGUCUAAGCUACUACAACCUCAACCCCAGCCCCACCGUCAUGUUGCUGGUCAGGAAAGAGGAAUCCAUGCAGAUAUUUCUCCUGAAUGACAAAGGGAAAACCUCGACGUACGACGUGAUGCCCUCUGAGUCCGUGCAGAAGUUUAAAGAGCGGGUCCAUCGGCGGGAGGGGGUCAUACCCGACCAGCAGCGCCUGGUUUACGAGGGCAAACAGUUGGAGGACGACCGAUUGCUCUCCGACUACAACAUCAGACCACUAACCACCAUCUCUCUGCUGCUCCGGCUACGUGGAGGAUCCCCUGGGUUUCUCUUUAGGGCCCUGGUUGGUGAUGGAGGCGGGCUGACCAUUGGUGAGGUCAGCUGUAACACAUCCUACACUUACAAAGUUCCGCUGAUGCUGACACCAGAACGGAAUCCGAAAGUGAAUCAGCCGAUAGCGUUGAACCCUCGAUUUGACAAGAUGAGACUUCAGGUGAGGUUUAUCACCGGCGAUGGUUUCGAACUUGAUGUCGACCCUUCCAUUCAAGUGUCGACACUCAAGAUGAAAAUCCAGGAAAAGACCAACGUGCCCAUUUCCCAACAGCGUCUGAUGAUGCAAAAUGGCCAAAGCGUGGAGAUGCAGGACGACAGAAGUCUAAGCUACUACAACCUCAACCCCAGCCCCACCGUCAUGUUGCUGGUCAGGAAAGAGGAAUCCAUGCAGAUAUUUCUCCUGAAUGACAAGGGGAAAACGACGACGUACGACGUGAUGCCCUCUGAGUCCGUGCAGAAGUUUAAAGAGCGGGUCCAUCGGCAGGAGGGAGUCAGACCCGACCAGCAGCGCCUGGUUUACGAGGGCAAACAGUUGGAGGAUGGGCGAUUGCUCUCCUACUACAACAUCAGACCACUAACCACCAUCUCUCUGCUGCUCCGGCUACGUGGAGGCUGAUUUACUCCUGCAGACGGUUGAGAAAACUGUGAUUAAAAAUAAUUUAUUGGUAUUUUAUUGCAUUCCUAUAUUCUGUCGUUAGCACUUUGUUACAUUAUCCUGUCUAUCUGCUACGUUCCACACUGACAUUCACAAGUUGGACAAAGGACCGAUUUCCGCUCUGUAUUAAUGCUGUACUGAUGGGGUGUCUGUCGGACAAUGACAUAAAUUCCCAUCGACGUUUGUCGCUUAUCACCUUGUUGCCUUCUUAGCCUGGAAAACAUGGGUUGUCAAUUUUGCAGAGGCCAGAUAUUAACAAUAUCAAAGGAACUCUGGCAACCUGCACCUCCUCUUCAGAUCAAUGUAACUCCGAAUGGCUGAUCAUAAUCUGAUGGUCUAUGAUUUCCCACAUAUAAUGGGUUUCACUCAGAGACCCAGAAAUAACUGCUGUGGCAAUUUCAAUUUACAAUGUUUUGAAACAAAUCCCACUAAAAAGAUUGGGUUUGAUGGGGGAGGGGGAGAUGACUUAACGACUUCAAAAAUUGUUUGCUUCAGUUACUGUGUUCUUCCAAUGGGUCUUGAUUUUCAUUUUAGCAUUAAAAUUUAAUGAAAUCAGAUUAGUUGAAGUUCUAAAUGUUUUGCAAUUUUCAUUGUUGAAAUUUCCAAUAUGAUUUGAAAUGAUUUUUUUAAUAAAA